AUGGCUUCCUAUGGAGACGAGAUCAUUCUCGAGGAUGAAGUCGAGCAUCAAAAAGACCUUGAAAGCUACAUAGAAAGCAAUGCUCGUCUACGAGGCUACAACCAGGCUGCUGCGCUCAAAAUCGAGCUUCUACAGAAAUCGUCAGGGAUUUUUCUCUGGGUGGCACUCGUGGUGCAUAUCCUGAAUAAAGAAUUCGCCAACGGCAGGACAGCCAACCUACGACAGCGGCUACGGGAAAUUCCUCCGGAUCUCAAUAAGCUUUUCGAAAUGUUAAUCGCACGGGACAGUGAGAACUUGGAAGAGUUCGACUGUUGCGUUCGUAUCAUUCUCCUCGCGAAAAGGCCACUCAGUCCACAAGAGCUAUACUUUGCUCUCCAGCAGAAGCGAAGUGCAAUGAAGAGUCUCACGUGGGACCGAUUAGAGACAUCAUACGAUGAUAUGAGACGAUUCAUUCUGGGCUGUUCGAAAGGCCUGGCUGAAAUCGUCAAGUCGCAAAGCGAGACUGUUCAGUUCAUCCACGAGUCUGUCCGAGAUUUCAUUGUCGAUAGAAGCACUACUUCCGGGCCACAAAUCCGCUCCAUUGGUGUUGUUCAAUCACAUGGACAUGAGAUGAUGCGCGACCUAUGUAUGCGUCAACUUAGUUCACUGCACGACAGUGUUCGGGAUUUACAAAAGCCAUUGGGAGCUAUUUCAUUCCAGCAAGCUCGAGACGACAUGCCAUUUUUGAACUAUGCUAUCGACAACAUCUUUCAUCAUGCGAAUUGCGCACAAGGUGAAGGCCACGAUCAACUAGAGUUCAUCGCCACCUUCCCCUAUUCGUUUUGGAUCGAGCUCAGCAACCUUUGCAGAGAACCCUGGCAUAACCGAUCUUCGCGCGCACACCCUCUGUACCUGUUUGCCGAGCAUAACCUGCAACACUUGAUUGCGGUCCAUCCUGAACUUCAACUUCAAUUCAAACUUGAAGGUGAGCGAUACGGUUUCCCGAUUCUGGCAGCAGCAGCGAAGCAAAACGAAGAGGCUUUCAAAGUACUUUUGCAAGCAUUUUCAAACGUACCAAUCCGGGACGAAAACGUCCGUCAAAUCAUGAAUAGUUUCGAACAUGGUACGAAUUUUCUCUACCAACACGGCGAAGCACUACUCAUAUAUCUCCUCGACUUUGACUGGAAGCCAGCCUUGGAAGGUUACUUUCAGGCUAUUCAAAUACAUCAAACCCCUGCCUUUACUGGCGAACUGGGUUUCGAGAUAUUGACGUCGCCAAAUGCGCAAAAGUACAUGGAUUUGCUGGUUGCUGGCGGCGUAGACCUCAACUCUCGCAAUCAUCGUGGUGAAACGGUCAUCUUUCAUGCUGCUAGGAAAUGGAACUUGGAGGCAAUUUCUUUCCUAAUAUCCCAGCUUCAUGUGAACCCCGAUUCAAAAGACCAGCAAGGGCGAACCCUUCUAUCACAUGCCGCAGGAGCAGCUGAUGAUGGAGCUUUCAACUUUCUUCUGGGACUGCGAAAUGUCGAGCCGGACUCUGUUGACUGUAAAGGCAUAUCCCCACUCCAAUAUGCUGUGAAGGCGGGCCAAAUGAAUCAUGAACAUGACGCACGGCUUGCCAUCAUUCGCGCUCUAUUGAUGACAAGGAAUGUCAAUAUUCUGCGGUGUUCGCCUUCUUCAGACUCCGCCAUGAGUAUAUCAAGAGACAUACUACGACAUCGAAAGAGAUACCUACACAGAAUCUACAUUGGAAAACCCCUAGAACAGCAUGUUAUAGACUUACUCCAAAAGUUUAUAGAUGAAGUAGAAGGUCAACGGGGAGGAUGA